AUGGCGGCGCCGGCGCAGAGGGCAAAGCAACUUGAAGACUCUCUCAGCGAGCUAGAAGGCAUCCUAGAGCCUCUUUUUGAGAAGAAACUACACGAGUCUCUGGAGAAAUUGGACACUCUGAACCAAGCGAAACUCUGUGUGAUGAUACCCUAUGUUGUCAAUCAGCUUGUGACGGCAUACCUUCGGGCCAAGGGCAUGGCUCCAGAAAAGCCCUAUGUCGAGGACGAGCUCUCGAGAAUCAAAGAUCAUUUUCACAAAGUGUCCAGAGCACAGGGAGCAGAAGCUACCACCGAAACGGACCUUUCCGAACCAAAAAUGCAACUCGAUAAGGAUGCAGCCAAUAGGUUCAUCAAAGCAGCACUAGCAGAAGCAAGCAAAGCAGAAAAAGAAGAGAUGCAACGUCUCGGUAUCGAUGCGCCGACACAAUCAUCCACUACAACAUGGGUACCUCGGGAAAGAGGACCAGAGGACCAGCAGCCAGUGAUGGAGGGUGGUAUGCAUACUAGAUUCGCACAUAUCCAGCGAAUCCAGGAGGAGAGCGGCAGCAGCAGCUCUUCGGAAGAGGACGCACCCCCCAAGCGACCAGUCGCAUCCAAACCCGAAGCCGGGAACAAAAAGCGCAAGAGGUUCACAAUGGAUCCAUUCACUGGCUACACGGAACAAUUGAGCAAGAAAUCACGAAAGACUGCCAACUCAAUGGGCCGAGCGAAGCCUGAGCAGGAGCAGGUCGCACUGGGCGCUGAGGCUGUUCCUACGCCCCAUUCAGACGAACCUACGUUAUCGAAAAAGGCUCGAAAAAAGGCUCGAAAGAAAGCAAAGCGGCGAGAUACCUCGAAUCUCCUAGAGACUUCUGCGGCCAUGGAUUCCGACCAAUGA